AUGAUAAAAGAAGCUCUAAUGAGCUUCAUAGCAGCCACUGCGGCUACUUCUACGUAUCAGCAUCGCAUUGCAAUAGCUAGAGAUAUAGGUAUGAAUAUUGCCUUCAAUACCCUCGGAAAUGCGAUGCUAGAGGGCUCGCCAAAGGUUUUCUACGGAUUAUCACCGGACAGCUUGAUUGCGCAGGCCAAUGGCACAUCAUCAUCUUACGCGACAGCCCGAAGCACCACACACAAAGUCCCUCUUCGAAAUCUGGAGCCGGACACGCAAUAUUAUUACCAGUCAUGCUUAGAUGUUGAUGGAACCUGCAAGCGCUCGCCAACAUACUCUUUCAGAACGACUGUCUCACCUGGCGACAAUCGCGAAUUAAAGUUUGCUGCUCUAGGGGACAUGGGGGUUAUGGGUCCUUUGGGCCUUUCAACUGACGCACCGAAAAGUGUCGAAGACUUCGCACGAUUGGAUGAGGGGGAGCGUUCGACAAUGAAAGCGCUCAUCGACAACCAGCACAAGUAUCUGUUUAUAUACCAGAAUGGCGAUUUUGCACACGCUGACGAUGUUGGAAGGAUCGUGUCUGGAUAUCUCAAUAGCAUACUUGAUGUGUCGCUCUUCCAGCAGAUGAGUGAGACGUACGAGCUGAUUCUCGAAACAUUUUUCAAUCAGACGUCACAAUUUUCAAAAGGAACACCGUAUAUGGCAGGGAUAGGCAACCACGAGCAGCUUUUAACUAAAGGCAAUACAUACACAGACCCAGAAACCAACCACACGAUUAUGGUCGACAAUAUACCUCAAGGACAGCGCAAGUUCACGUUUUUCAAGGACAAGUUUUAUAUGAACGACAUAAAAAAUGGUGUUCCUCCGCCAGGCACGAGCCGCGAUCCUGAGCAGGAAGACCUCGGCGAGCCCAACGAGCAGCUCGAGUGGCUGGAGGGUGAGCUCGGGAAUUUCAAUAGGGGUGUGACUCCGUGGAUCAUAGUUUGCGGCCAUCGUCCGUGGUACGGAACAUACCGAGGAUGUCCCGGCUGCAUGGAAGUGUUCGAUCCGCUCUUCGUCAAGUACGGCGUCGAACUUGUAUACCACGGGCACAUUCACUUCUAUGAGCGACUCGCGCCAAUGGUUAACGACAAUGUCGACCCGAAAGAAUUAGGCAACCCUAAAGCUCCAUGGUAUAUCGUCUCAGGUGCUGCUGGACACUACGAUGGGCUGGAUGCGAUGGCAGACAGCAUUUCAGACGAGUCUAGGAGGCUUAUACAGGGUGCAUUUGGGUAUGACGAAUUCACGAUUCACAACAGGAUCCACAUGACGCAUGCUUUCAUCGCGUCGAAGAAUGAUACCGUGCUCGACCAGCAAACGCUGUACAAAGCCCAUGAUGAGUUUGGGAGCGAAUUUUAA